AUGUCUUCAGUAAACCCACCACCAGUAUUUAGCGCAGAUGAUGAAUCGACCUGGAAAGUCUCAGGGCAGUAUCCUCCUCGCGAAGUCGACGGGAUGGAUUGGCAGCGUUGCGCUCUGCUUCACAACAAGAUCCUGAGACUCGGCUGGACAGCAAGAUACGGGGAAGCCAUCCCACUCCCUGCCCAAAGCUGGUGGGACCGAUUCAUCACUUCUCCUACCCUUGAACAAACAUGGACUACUCGAUUAUCAGCCUCUCUAGUCCAAUUUCUCAAAUGUGCUCAGGUUACGCCGCAAGAAAACGAGCAUGCCUUUCACUACUAUUUCAGUGGCCUCGCGUAUCCAGGGGGGUUCUAUCAGAGCAAACAGGAAGGGGAAUUUGAGAUCUUGACGCUGUAUCCGCUCAAUAAUCUAAAUCUUGGAGGACAUUUGGACGGUCUUAGCUUCAACCAAGAAAACCAUCUUGCCAUUUUGCAGACGGAUAUCGACGACGCGAACGCUACGCUCAAUGGUCGCACGGAUUGGGAUCCACUUGAGACGGUCUUAUCUGCAUGGCUAGAUAUGAUCGAAGUCAGCAAGAUCAUUGCUCUUCCUGAGGGUGUCGAGAUGCCAUCCUCGGAGGGAAAUCGUCCCAAGUAUAAUCCCUGGGUGCUUCUACCUCACAGUGCUGCGCAGCUGAAGAGCACCUUGGAUGCAUUUGCGCAGCUCGUUGUUCUGAUUGAGAUAUUGAUGGAGCCAAAUGCUUCUGCAGAUCAAGCUCUAUUGCAAUCUGAGCUGGAGAACCGACUUGCUCAAUCAUCUUCAGAUGUGGAUAUUGGGCUCUGCUCAGAGCAGACUCUAAACGAGACUGGGAUCCCACCUGGAUUCCUCCGCGAGUUCCUCCUGAACGCACGGAAACCAAAAUUCAAGUACGUGGCUCCUGGCCUCACACUUCCGAGCCCCGAAACUCUCCUCAGCACGCCUUUCAAAAACAUGACCCUGCCUUUCCAGUUCGGAGAUCACAUGCUUCCAAUCCCCCUCUUUCCAUCUGACAUUCAUCGUACAACGCCGGCCAACGGUCCUCCCUUCGGUUUCCCAUUCGAUAAAGAAACGUAUCUUCCGGCGGGACUCUGGCUCUCUCCCUGUGAUCGCAAUGGCGAGAAUCCCUUCGAGGAUUCUUGUCGACUAGUCCUUCCAUUUGCGGUUGGCAGGAAUGGAUGGGCCGUGACGAGUGAUGGCGAUGCGUUGGGAUCGAAUCCGUAUUCGAAGACUAUGGAAGCACGAGACUGCGUGUCUGAGUUGUACCAGCAAGGCUACAAUCACUUCAUUCCAGCUCAUGAUGUUAGGUUGGAGGAUGUAUUGAGGAAUUGGACUGCGAUGGUAGGGGCGGGGGAGUGGAAAGUUGGGGCCGAUGGGGUGCAGAGUGAGAUUGAGAUCUUUAGGGAUGCGGAUACGGAAGAAGGGUGGUUUAAAUACCAAAUUGAGGCAAACUGGUAG